CAGGGCUCCUUGCGGACUGCUAAGCAGUCGGGGAGUCAGCUGCUGCUGCUGCUGCUGCUGACAGAACCGUCCCGGAAAUGCCAGGGCUGGGCCAGGGACUCGGGGUCCUUGGGACCGCGCGGGGUGACGGCUACCUCGUUUUAGGAACCCUGAGAUGACACCCCAAGCCUGGGUCCAGGCAUGGAGUUCCUGACAGCACUCCAGUCCCCCUCAGGACCUCCAGCCAUGGACUUGGAGGCUCUUGAGCCCCCUGAUGACUGCACCCCUGACACCCCAUGGCACCCGGUGCCUGAAGGCCCCAGCAAUCUGAGUCAGAUGGAACUUGAAGGAUCAAGUGUCCAGGACUUGGUGCAACAGUUCGAGGCUCUGCCGGGGGACCUGGCGAGCCUGUCCCCAGAUGGCACCCCCUGCCCGCUGCACAUUGCUACAGGGCAUGGCCUGGCAUCCCAGGAGGUGGCUGCGGCCCAUGGGCUGCUGUCGGCUGAGGCCGGUCGGGAUGACCUGCUGAGCCUGCUGCGGUGUGAGCAGUGCCCCCCUCCUGAGCCCUGUCCCCAUCAGCCUCCGGAGCCAGCACCUCACCUGCUGCAGCCCCCUGGGGACCCUGAUGUGGAGCCUGCACCCCCCAAUUGGGCAGAGCAAGGCUCUGCUGAGCAGGGGGACAGCAGGAGCUCUGGCAGCUCCCCUGAGCCAUGGCCAGAGACGGCGCCUCUGGUGACACCUGAAAGGCCACGACCGGCUGGUGCCCAGAACCCCGAGACCCUGGCCUCGUGCCCUGCCCUCCAGGAAGUACCUGGGCCCUGUGACCACGAGGACCUCCUGGAUGGCGUCAUAUUUGGGGCCAAGUACUUGGGCUCCACCCAACUGCUGUCCGAGCGGAACCCACCCCCCAGCACGCGCAUGGCCCAGGCGCAGGAGGCGAUGGACCGCAUCAAGGCUCCUGAUGGGGAGACGCAGCCCAUGACGGGGGUGGACCUCUUUGUGUCCACCAGGAGGAUCAAGGUGCUGACAGCCGACUCCCAGGAGGCCAUGAUGGACCACGCCCUACAGACCAUCUCCUACAUUGCUGACAUCGGCCCUGUGCUGGUGCUCAUGGCCCGGCGACGGCUGGCCCGGAAGCCUGGAACCCAGGACCGCGACCGCCGCCUGUAUAAGAUGCUGUGUCACGUCUUCCACUCAGAGGAUGCCCAGCUCAUCGCGCGGGCCAUCGGCCAGGCUUUCGCCGUGGCCUACAGCCAGUUCCUGCGUGACAGCGGCAUCGACCCCAGCCAGGUGGGCACCUGGCCCGGCCAGGGGGUUCACUGCCCGCCGGUCACCACGGCCAUCAUCCGCCGGCUGCACUCGAGGGAGCAGCUGGGAUUUUGCGUGGAAGAUGGCAUCAUCUGCAAUCUCCUCCGGGGCGGCAUUGCCGAGCGCGGGGGCGUCCGAGUGGGUCACCGCAUCAUCGAGAUCAACGGGCAGAGCGUGGUGGCCACGCCGCACGCCCGCAUCAUCGAGCUGCUCACCGAGGCCCAGGACGAGGUACACAUCAAGACCAUGCCGGCCGCCACCUACCGCCUGCUCACUGGCCAGGAGCAGCCCGUGUACCUGUGAUCCCUUGGCGCCCCGCCGCUGUGCCUUAGCCCUGCGCCGCGCCCGGCGGCCGGGCCGGGAUUCUGCCCCACUGCUCUCCCGUGUAAAAUAUUAAAAGCUUAUUUGGUGACCACGGU